GCUCUGUUUGUUGUUUUUGGGGCUUCUUGUGCACCGGGGUAGUAGGGGGUCGUGAGGUUAUUUGCUGUACGAUACACCCACUGCGAGUCCCGUGGCUGUUGUUACUGUUGCCGGGUCCAUGAGGCUGUAGCGAGGAGUGGCGUCGCAUGCCCGGUGGAGUCCGGUAUGAGUACAGAAGAAAGAAGAGCAGCUUCGGUCCAGGAAGGGAAAAGAUGACGGUGCGCAGGCACGUCCUGCAGGUCUUCCGCAGGGCGGUGCUGGCCGGCUGCGUGCUGGUGCUCAUCGUCUUUGCCCUGACCAGCCAGGACCGCUCGAGUUCCUCGCAGUCGCAUCAGCCCAUCAGUCCCGAGGAGGAAGCCAUGAUGACGCUCGAGGAGCGUUUGAUGGAGCAGAGCCGGAUGACGGAGAUGGAGAUGCGAAUGGCGGAGAGGCGCAAGUACCUCGCGGAUCGUUGCGCGGAGGAGGGCCUCGACGGGCCCGGCAACGAUUCGCUCCACCGGCCCAACGCUUGGGAGUUUCUCGUCAAUCGGGAGCACCGUAUCAUCUGGUGCAACGUCUUCAAGGCCGCCUCCACCUCGUGGAUGUACAAUUUUAAUUUACUCGCGGGGUACUCGGCGCAAUUUCUAAGAGCGUCAAAGGCCGUGCCAGUGUCGUUGGCCCGGCAAAAGUACCCAAGACCAACGGCCGACGAGCUCGCGAGGUAUCUGAACGACAGCGUGAGCUUCCUGAUCGUGAGACACCCGUUCGAGCGGCUGUUGAGCGCCUACAGGGACAAACUGGAGCACAGUCUGCCGCACACCUUUCACAGUAAACUUGGCGCGCACAUUGUCUCGGCCUAUCGGGCCAAGAGUCCAAAGUCAGCGGGCAAGCACGGGCCGAGGUACCCGUUGUUCGAAGAGUUCGUGCGAUGGCUGCUUUGCGAGUGGAGGGCCGGAAACGAGCUGGACAUGCACUGGACGCCUAUCAUCAAUUUUUGCACACCUUGUCAAGUCAGAUUCACCGUCAUCGCGAAAUUCGAGACGCUGCACGACGAUCAGAAUUAUUUGAUAAAACUGGCGCGCGUGGGUCACAUCGUCAAACCCGAGUGGAAGAAUCCAACCCGGGGCGUACAAACGAAGGACGUCGUCAGCCAGUACUUCUCGCAGCUGUCCAAGACGCAGAUCAAAGAGCUUUACGAAAUGUUCAGGUACGACUUUAUCCUGUUCGAUUACUCGAUAGCAGAGUACCUGGAGAACGGCCGCAACGAAGUAACGAAAUUAGUCUGUAAGAAAUGACAACCUGCCUCCCAUCCAAGGCCAUCGUCGGUUUUUUUUUUUUUUUUUUUCUUCAUGCUCUGUUGAAUCAACACAUAAUUGUACACACACGCGUAUGCAUAUCUCAUCCUUUUGUAUCAAAAACAAAACAAUAAUGUACUACAAUCAUGUAAAAUGUAGCAAUUACACGCCGGCCUGUGGGCAAUCGACAUAGCGUAAACAGGUGGGUUUACCGCGAAACGGUCGAUUUAAAUCAGCAGUGCAACAAUUAUAUCAUCGAUUGUAAAAUAUACGCCUAAAUGAGAUAGAACGUUUUUCAAAUGUAAAUAUAUAGUGUUUUGCGCGAAUCUUUUUUGAAAUGAUAAUCAAGUGAUGGGACGAAAAAAAAAACAAACAAAACAAGUGUUCAGCUUGCGAUUUGUUGCUGAAUAAUUUAGGGUUUACUGCGUGUUGGGGGAGGAUGAGGUUUUUUCAGGGGUCAAAGUUGAAGAUUCACAAUUAAGAGUUCAAUAAGAAUUGGGAACGCAAGAUCAUUGUUUGAUUAUAUGAUUAGAGAACUACAAGUAUUUUGAACAUUGUU